CAAUAUCUGAAUACAUGUAUGCGAAACUCGUGUCAGUCAUCAGUGAUGAUGGUGAAGGUAGGAUUACAGCAGUGUACAGUGACGCGCUCUUCCCAACCUAUCUGUCUGCUUUUUUCGCCGUAUUUGCCCAUUGUUACCUGGGGAUGGAGGGUUCUUCUAACUUCACGUCGCGUUCACUCUCAACACCUAUAUUCACAUAUAUAUAUAUAUAUAUAUAUAUAUAUAAACGGGGCUCUCGCGUUUCACAGUGCAUACCCGGUGGGAGCUAUCAGUUUAUGGCGCCCUUCUCACGUCCUUUGCUCCUUGUCCUUCCGUUGUUGCAAGUUUGACACUACUACACCACUUCCAGAGGGCGCCUGACGAGGUGAUGAUGCGGCUGGGAUGAUGCGAUGAUGCGAUGAUGCGUUGAAUGCGGCUGCGCUUUCUAAGUCAGGUGUCGUUUGAGCCCUAACAAGCUGAGAGGCCUUGGCUUUUGAAGCACUCACUCUGUUUUGGGUCUCUACCUCUGCACACAAUUCUCUAUCUUCUUUCUUACUUCAUCUUCCAUCUCAUUGUCAACAAAUCUGGUCUACAUCAUGCCGGUCCUCAAAGACCUGGUCUGUCAGGUCCUUUGGGCCGAAACAGCUUCGGCAUUUCCCGAGUACGGUACUCAGUACGGGGACGGUGUCGUCGAGACUUACAUUGCGAUUCCCAACCAUCCUCAACCCUUCAGUAUUCGGCUUGCAUCUCGAAAAUUCAUCUACGAAGGCCUAGCCGUGCUAGUCUUCAUCGACGGAGAGUAUCAGUGCAACCGUAACAGAGUCAAUCUACGACCGGCGAAGAAGGACGCAUCCGCAGGCCCAACUUUGGUUGACUUGGUGAUGAAGCAAAAAGAGAAGCCUAUCGGCGAUGGAUCAUACGUGGGCCGUGAGUGGCGCUUCGACGACUACAAUAUCAUUCCCGAACUGCCAGAUGGCGUGGACGAAGGCCAUUUCCGUGACCUUGGAACCAUCGAAGUCAUAGUAUUGCGAUGCCGAGCCUCUACACGUGACGAAGGCAACCUGUCAACAACUUCCUCAGGCGAAGAUAGCGAUGUCUUCGUUGCUGACAAGGACGGGGUGGGCCCGCGCCAGGCGCGGGUCAACAGAGGGAGAGUGGCGUCCGCCACAGAUCCCGCGCCUGGCGCGUCCCUGGAGAAGAGAUCGGCCAAGCUUGCUUCGUUGUUCGAUGGCUCAGGUGAUCAACAACCCGUCAUGUACUAUGGAAUUCCAGGUGAUGCACCUCCUCCCAGCUAUCCAUCGUGGAACUGGGAGCGUGCUCGUUCAUCCACGCCGUACACACCUCAUAAGGCCAGCCCUUAUGCUCGAGGCUACCCAGCUACCCCCAAUCUUCAGUAUCAGGGCCGCCAACCGCAUGCACAUGGAGCCACUGCACAUGCACCGCAGUAUGAGAAUAUUGAUUACCAAUCUGCGCGACCUGAGAGACGCGUUCACUUCGAUUUCGGUGAUGGUCGUGGCCCUCAGCAUCAUCGAGGCGCAUCUUCUCGGUCGAGGUACGAUGAUCAGAUGCGUUACCAUGGUUCAAACACUUGGAGAGACGACCAUGAGUACGGUCGAGCUGGUCCAGGACCGGCUUACCGUGAGCCAAACCAGCAUACCCGUCCGAACCCAUACUCCGACUAUCCUGAGCCUCAGCCAUCAGAUGAUCGUCAUUACAUGUAUGACGCUGAACGGAAUGUGUACGGUUACUACCCUGAAGUCAGACUGCCGCACGAGGUCUUUGGAACCCAUAGCCCUCCCAUCGGCCCUUUCAUUCCUCAGCCAGUCCAAGUCCAUCAUCCGUUUUAUCCAGUGCAAGGCAAUCCGCUGCCAGGCGCAGUGCCAAUUCCAAUUCACACUCCGCUGCAGUUUCAACAUGUUCCACUACCGUCGAAUCCGCCACCGGUUUACCCACCACCGCCUUUUCCAGUCGCUCCUUGGAAUGUUGGUCAGCCGCAGCCCCCGACGCAACACUAUCCCGUGCCCAUCUGGAUCCCAACCCCUGCAGGCCCAGUUUUGUCACACGGACCAGGUCCGGUACCAACCUACCCACCGCCUGGUAAUGUGCCACUCUUUCACACCCGCGCCCCAAUCCCCGUCAUGACUCGGGUUCCAACAGUGCCUGUCACGGCUGUCGCAUGUUCGGAACCUCAGGCAGAUGCCAGUGGAGCAAAAGCCGACACGGCUGAUAAGCCAAAAGAAGAUCAAGAGUCGAAGGACGACAAGACUGACAAGGCUGACAAGGCUGACAAGGCUGACAAGGCUGACAAGGCUGACAAGGCUGACAAGGCUGACAAGGCUGACAAGGCUGACAAGGCCGACAAGGCCGACAAGACAGACAAGACUGACCAGGAAAAGAAAGAGGAUUCCAGCAAACCCAAAGACACUCAAGAUCCUGUCCCGACCCUCACCGCCGACGGCUGGCCGACCAACACCCCAGCUGCGGCCAAUGCUACCAAGAACAACACUGCCAAUGUCUACAAACCUCCGACUCCGCCUGUUGAGAACAAUGAUUUCGUUUUCACCAACGAUACCACAGCCAAUGAUGGAGAGGAUUGGCAGAACGAGAAGAACGACGAUAAUGAUCAGAAUAAAGGCAGUGACGAGAAGCAGUCCGGUGGAGGCUGGGAUAACGACAAUAAUGACAGUACUUCCAAUGCCGGUAAAGUGGGCAAGCGUGCUCUCUAUGGCCCUCAUGGUGCCUAUUACACAUCGAAGGCCUUGACAGCAAAGGCAAAAGGACCAGAUGUGGAAGAAGAACCACGAUACGAUGUCCCGAAGGCCAUAGCUGAGAAGCUAGGUGCUUCCAAACAGGUCCAGCCUGGGCAGGGGUUCAUCUACACCAAGAAGAGAUGUGUGCCUCAAUACAUUGACAGUCUGGACGAACCAUAUGCCCGAUUCGUGUUCAAGUAUCGGACCAAAGAAGCGCUCAAAAAAGAAAUCGGCUUGGAGGUCUCAAAGGAACCCACACCCAACGAGGAUGUCAACGCACUGGAGAACAUGGAGAAGGCCCAGCUUAUUGAAAUGGUCCUGAGAGCCAAAGGUGCCUUGGGUGGCAAGAUACCGAGCCCACCACCAAAGCCGGCGGCCGUACCUGUUUCAACCCAGUCUUAUGAGCCUAUUCCUGUCACGGCACCCAGCCUCGACUUCUUGAGCUACAAGUUGCCACCAGGACGAGCCGUCUCUAAUGGUACUGGCCUCGGGAUCCAGGAGUCCAACUCUGGCAAUGCCAAUGCCAGCAGCAAGGGUGAUCAAAAGGAAAAUAACUGGGACACUAGUGCGCCUAAUUGGCAAGAAGAUGGCACCACUGACCAGACCACUACCAAUACCAAUACCAAUCAGGGUGUGGGUUGGGAUGGAGUGGCCGAACAAUCACCCGAGAACUUGUCGGCUCCUGAAGAGGAAGGAUCCGGAGAAGGAAUUGCAAAUCAAGGGCAAAAGCAGCAGCCGCUCCUCCUCAGCCCUGUAAGACUGGUAGCGCGGGAUUCGUCGAAGAUUGUCGUCUCUUGUUCUCCAGGUUUCGAAUACACACCAAGUGAAUACUCACAAGAAGACGAGUCGCUAGACGGUCUCGACGGUAUCAGUGACAACUGCUCAGCAGCAGGGUCGUUUUACAGCCCUGUCCAACCAAGCCCUCCCAAGCGAUGGCCCUUCAACAAGCGACGAAGCAACAAGCAGAUUAAGCGAGAUGCCAAUCUCACUCCAUUACGCACACCCGAGUUUACCAAAGUCCGUUCUCAUAGUCCACCAAGUCUCCGGACCCCAACACCAGUGCGGCGGAGAGGUAGGCGGUUGAGAUAUCCUUCUUUCUCCGACAACGAAGUUGUUCCAAUGCCAUCGUGGCCGGAAAUGGAUAUGGACGAGCCAGGCCCAGCGAUCCCGACCAGCCCCGUCUAUGCAAUUCACAACCGUUCUCUGCCGCAAGCAAAUCGUGUUUUGCUACCGUGGGCGACUGAACUUGCAGCUACUACCUCGCUGGAGGAUGAACCGGUGCUACGAAAUCCUGCCGACAGUCCAGUUCAUCUUCAGUUCCCUGCUCCGGUAUUGUCGUCGGCAGAUGCGGCACAAGCAACAGAACAACAACUGCCAGCACCUGUGUUUCCUCCUCUGCCAGCUAUCACGAUCACGACUCCAGAGCCUAUCUACGUCCCCGGAAUGGCACCCCGAAGAAUCGCCCGCAUUCCAACGUAUGAAGAGUGCAUUGGCUUGGAUGAGAUAUUUGGUCCUGGCUUCGAUCCGCGUCCUCGUCCACCUACUCGGCCGAGAAAUCCUGCUCGCUUGUUGUACAAGAGCAUACGACGCACCUCGGAUGGCAGAACUGUGGGUACUCUCUGAUCGCUGAAGCGUUGAGCGAACACUUGAAAUAUGACAAGAAUCAAGCCGAAGGUUCCACGGUGAAUUGAACAAGCUAAGAAUGGUCACACGAGCAACCGAACUGCACAGUGUCUGAGGGAGCGAAACAUGCUGAAUAGCUCGAGCUAGACGGCGUUUAUUGGGGAUAGAAGGGUGCAAUUGUUAUGGAAGAGAGCAACAAAAACUAAUGUUUAAUUUUUAAUGGACGUGGUGGCCGGAGCGAAGCAGCGAAGACGGCUCAGGAUAUCCUCGUCUGCAACCAUGCUGACUGCAACCACGGUGGACGAGGCGAGCAUGCCCCUUUUCUGAUGAGGGAUCGAGCAGACAGGGACUCGGCAGCCAUUCUAUGCAUUGUCAUAGCACACCACCCAACCCCUUUGUGCUUGUUUCUGGUCCUGGCUGCCCUGCAUUUCUUCCUUUCUUCAGGGAGACUGCGAUAGAGGGAGCGUGAGCUUUACGAAUUGUACUAGAGUAAAGAGUGGAUUCAGUAACCAUAAGAUACAGUACAGCCAGCCGGUCACGCUUUAGAACUGGCUGUAGGUGUGAAAGGACAUCUCCAGCCGUAGGAGGAUAUAUCUCUCAUGGUUCCCC